UCCCCUUGACUGUCUCCUUCACAGUGGGCUUGCAGGCAGACACAGCUGACUUUCAACCGAGCUGGCCCCUGUCCUCACAGUCUGGGUGACAACAGGAACCUUGCAAUGAUCUCGCUGGACUUGAAUUUCAACAUUUUGACAAGAGACCUGUCGCAUUAUUUGGAAAAUCAAGUGAAAGUUGGUUUGUUCGGUUCGGGCGUAGGACUGUCUCUGGUACUGGGCUUUAGCGCGGCAUACACCUGCUACUAUCUAAUAUCAGUAGCGAAGAAGCCACAGCUCAUCUCGGGGGGCAAGAAGUUCUACCACUUUCUAAGGGAGCAAUGUCCGGUAGUGUCAGAGACCUACUACCCCACCUUUUGGUGCUGGGAGAGCCGCAUCCAGACUCUACUAAGACCCUUUGUCACAGCCAAACCUGGGGUCGUCUACAGAAAUGAGCUCAUUAAGGCAGCAGAUGGAGGACAGAUCUCUUUGGAUUGGUUUGACAACGACGAAAGCUCCGCUCAUCCCGACCCCGCCACCAGGCCCACUGUCCUCCUCCUCCCCGGUCUGACCGGCACCAGCCGAGAGUCCUACAUCCUGCACAUGGUCCAACAGAGCCGGGAUCUGGGUUAUAGAUGUGUGGUAUUCAACAACAGAGGGGUUUCUGGUGAAACACUGCUGACCCCGAGGACCUACUGUGCAGCCAACACAGAGGAUCUAGAGACUGUCAUUGUGCACAUCCAGAAGAAUUAUGAAGCUGCUCCCAUGAUGGCUGCUGGAGUAUCAAUGGGAGGGAUGAUGCUCGCCAACUACUUAGGGCGCAAGGGCCGGGAAACCUGUCUGAAAGGGGUGGUGGUCUUCUCAGCAGGCUGGGAUGUAUUUGAGUGCACUGCUUCGCUGGAAAAACCCCUUGAUCGCUUCCUCUUCAACUCCUACCUCACAAGCUGCCUACAAGCCUCUGUGCACAGACACAGACCAGUGCUUGAAAAGUGUUACGACAUCGAUCAUGUCAUGAAGGCAAAGACCAUUAGAGAGUUUGAUGAGAGGUUCACCUCAAUUAUGUUUGGCUAUCCAACCAAUGACGACUACUACCAUGAUGCCAGUCCUGUCCACAGGCUGAAAUCUGUGCAGGUGCCAAUGCUGUGUCUGAAUGCUGCUGAUGAUGUCUUUUCUCCGUCCCAUGCAAUCCCUGUGGAGACGGUGAAGCAGAAUCCCAACCUGGCCCUGCUCAUUACCUGUCAUGGCGGCCAUAUUGGUUUCCUGGAGGGCCUGUGGCCUCGUCAGAGCACCUACAUGGACCGAGUCUUCAAGCAGUUUGCUAAAGCGGUUAUCGAACAAGGCAGCCGACUCGCAGACCUCUCCUGAUAAGAGAGUUCAACAAAGAGUUCCUCUGGUCCUAUUUCCUCUUUCUGUCCUACCUUUCUUUAAUCUUUUCUUCCAUUUAUGCCAUCCAUCUUACUUUUAAUGCCACAUUCCACAUUGCAUUCCUUCCAUUUAGAGUUAAAUUCUUUCAUUUUCCUUCCUUCCUUUGACCCUUUUCCCCCUUUCAUUAUUUUCCUUCAUAUCUCCGUCCAUCAUUUGUGCCUUCCUCCUCUCCCUGAUCCCUUUUCUGCUUCCUUCCUUCUAUUGACUUUCUUAUAUCUUUGGCCUCAAUCCUUCCGUCCCAUUCCUCCUCCUGAUGCCACAAGCAAAAAAAACAACAAAAAACAAAAUACAUUCUUUCUUAUUUGAAAGGCACAUUCUAUCGAAUGCAGCGUUUGUGCUGCAUUCAGCAUUCAUGUAUUUAUUCCAGACAGCUAACAACUCAUUGUAUGUAACCAUAAAAUGCUUUAAAAAAAAAAAAAAAGCAAAGCUGUUCAUGUUGAAAAGCUGAAUCUGUGCCCAUCUUGGUUAGUCACGUUAGCUAGCAAAAAAGAAGUCUGCUUUUAUCUUGUGCAAUUAUUUGAAGACAACACGAGUACUGUACAUGACAAAUCAAUCAUCUGUGUUCAUGAAGCAUCUUUUAGUGCUCAUAUUAGUAGGAUUUUAGCCCUCAGGGAUUGUCUUUAUUUACUCACUCCUUUCUGUCCUGUGUCGUUCUGCUUUGUCGCCCAUUGUCAUCAGUUUGUGGUUUCAUGUUUGAAGGUAGAUGAUGUUUAAGUUUGUUUCUUUUCUUUGACAUUAUAGUAGGAUAUGAUGGGAAAUGCACUUAUUUUAUAUUUUUUGUGGAGUAUAUAGUCAAUUAUAUUAUAUAGUCAAUUUAAUAAAUAGAAUUAGGCUAGCCUAGCAUUAAGGCUUAAAGCAGGGGGGAACUACUAGCUUGGCUCUGUCCUAGAGUUAACAAAUAUCCUGCCUGCAAGUGCUAGUAGUUGGAUUUUGUUGCUUUUGGACACUACCAAGCAAGCUGUCUCCCCUUGUUUUUAUUUAAUUUUGCUAUGCUAAGCUAAGCUAAGCUAACAAACUGCUUCAUACAACGCAAAGCCAUAAAGAUGGUAUCAAUCUUCUCGUCCAGCUUUCCUCCAGAAAGUGAAUGAGUGUAUUUCCCAAGCCAUUCCUUCCUUAAAACCUCUGCAUGCACUUUUUUCUUUCACACAUUCUACCUUUACGCACACCAAAUAGUUCUAAACAUGUAUUAUAUGAAGAAAAAAAAUGCAUUAAUAAUGACAAGGAAUGUGAAAUUGCACUAUUUUAGUUGAUACUGUCAUGCCUCUAACUCCUUAAUGCAACGCUCUUCAUUUCAUUCGCUUUAUGAAGGUAUGUCCCAAAGGCGGAACAGAGCAGUUUGUAAAUUCCAUGAGGUAUUUGUGAAAACCUCAGUGGUUCUCUGUGUCUGUGAGUCUGAAGGUGUUAGAUACGGUGAUGUGAGUGAAGAUGAUGCAUAUAGGACAGACAGUGUACAGCGGCAGUGUGAAGCAGUGCUUUUGUUUCGCCAACAAUGAAUAAGGGCCUGGCUACCGUGUAUGAGUUGGCAUCCAUGAAACAGCAGACCUGACUGUCAGCCAGACUUUCAGUAACGCACUGCAUGAGGGCUUUUUGACUUCCUGUUCCUGUGGAAUUUCGGUGUCUGUUUGUUUUGCCAAGUGUCCAUCGAGUAGCAUGUGUCUCAUUGGCGUCACCAUGUCCUGAACCUUAACAUCACUUUGUUAUUUGUAGCACAAAGGACAUGUUUGUGUGAUAGGAUACUGCAUUUCAUUUUGUACACUACGUGUAGAGAUGAAGUUAAAAAAAGACAUUCUGUUUAACAUGUACAGCAAUAAGAUUUUAAAACGUCUCUAUAGUAUAAGUACCAGUAUAUGCACAUUAUCAACACAAGUGUAUUAUGCUGUAUUUAUUAAAUUAUUAAACAGAGUCUAGGUGAA